AACAUCCUCCUUCGUAUAAAACAAAAACCCUAGUUCACUGUCUCUUCGCCUCCAUCACCUCCUCUGCCUGCUCGUCUGCUGAAUCGGAGAUCAUAAUCUCUCCGAACCGAGACAAUGGCUCCCAAGAAGGAUAAGGCUCCUCCACCUUCCUCGAAACCCGCCAAGUCUGGCGGUGGCAAGCAGAAGAAGAAGAAGUGGAGCAAGGGAAAGCAGAAGGAGAAGGUGAACAACAUGGUGCUAUUCGAUCAGGCCACCUAUGACAAGCUCCUGUCUGAGGCACCAAAAUACAAGCUCAUCACACCUUCCAUUCUCUCUGAUCGUUUGAGGAUUAAUGGAUCACUAGCAAGGAAGGCCAUUAGAGAACUGAUGGCUAGAGGCUCAAUUAGGAUGGUAUCUGCACAUGCAAGUCAGCAGAUCUACACUAGGGCUACAAACACCUAAGUGCUUCUUGUCAUAGGAUACGUAGUAUUGGCGGUUUUGGCUGUAUUUUUGUUCCUUUUUUCCCCGGUUAAUGACACUUCCUCUUGUUAUAUUGCGUCAGUACAAUUAUCGUCUGUUUAAAUUUAUGUGUCUCUGAUAUGGUUUUAUUUAUCUCUUUAGAAGCGCAUUUUGAUUGAUGACUGUACUAUCAUAGUAUCAUCCACUUAAUUCAAUCUCGCAGUUUGUUUGUU